CGCGGGGGACGCGGCGCAGUAGCUGGGCCGGGUGAGAGCGGACGAAGUCGGCGGCGACCUCGGCCUCGCGGCUGUCGCUGCCCGGCACGCAGGGUGCACCCUGACCCUUCCUCUUUGGGCAGACGCUAGGGCGCGCGCACGGUCGGCGUCCAGGGCCUCGAACUCCCGGGCCUCGGCCGGGCAGGCCGCGACUCUCCGGGUGUGAGUCCGCCGGGACCAGCAGCCGCCAAGCGCGGGCAUCACGGAAGCGGCGGCGCCCGACGGUCCUGCAUAGCUGCCUGGUCGUCUGCAGCCGAGCGGCGGAUGUUCUUUUAAAGAAUUGUUGAAGAAGAAUUUUUUUUAUUUUGUUUUUGUUUGUUUUUAAUGGUUUUACAGAAUCUUAAAUAGAAUACAGUUUGACAUGAUGGCAAAAAAUCAGAAGAGUUUGAAAGAAGGAAGGGAGUCAUGUUAGCAAUGGCACAGUAAAUUCUUCAACAGAUGUUCAACAGAUUGAAUAUUUAACAUUAAUGUUUGUGAGCAACUUUGGAGAGCCAUGACAUGAAGUUAUUUGUUGCAAAUUUUAUUGCAAAGGGUUAACUUUACUUCUGACGGAAUAUUUAUAAACAGCUAGACGAAGGCUUUAUAAUAAAUUUUUAAAACUCUUUGUGAUGAUACUACCAUGUUUAGCUCUAUGAUGCCAAGUAGUCCAGUGGACAUUACAUUAAAUGAAAUAAACUAUCUAAAGGUUGGUUUGACUUCCUCAAGUACAGAACUAAGAGGAUUUAUAGAUCAGAAUCUCAGUCCAACAAAAGGUAACGUUUCAUUUGUAGCAUUUCCAGUUUCCAGCACCAACUCACCAACAAAGAUUUUACCAAAAACCUUAGGACCAGUAAAUGUGAAUGUUGGACCCCAAAUGAUUAUAAGUACACCACAGAGACUAACCAGUUCAGGAAGUGUUCUGAUUGGGAGUCCAUACACCCCUGCACCAGCAAUGGUUACUCAGACACACAUAGCAGAAGCUACUGGCUGGGUUCCCGGUGAUAGAAAACGGGCUAGAGAAUUUAUAGACUCUGAUUUUUCAGAAACUAAACGAAGCAAAAAAGGAGAUAAAAAUGGAAAAGGCUUGAGACAUUUUUCAAUGAAAGUGUGUGAGAAAGUUCAGCGGAAAGGUACAACAUCAUAUAAUGAAGUAGCUGAUGAGCUGGUAUCAGAGUUCACCAAUUCAAAUAACCAUUUGGCAGCUGAUUCGCAGGCUUAUGAUCAGAAGAACAUCAGACGAAGAGUUUAUGAUGCUUUAAAUGUGCUAAUGGCAAUGAACAUAAUUUCAAAGGAAAAAAAAGAAAUCAAGUGGAUUGGCUUGCCUACCAACUCAGCUCAAGAAUGUCAAAACCUGGAGAUAGAGAAGCAGAGGCGGAUAGAACGGAUAAAGCAGAAGCGGGCUCAGCUGCAAGAACUUCUCCUACAGCAAAUUGCUUUCAAAAACCUGGUACAGAGAAAUCGGCAAAAUGAACAACAGAACCAGGGCCCUCCAGCUCUGAACUCCACCAUCCAGCUACCAUUUAUAAUCAUCAAUACAAGCAGAAAAACAGUCAUAGAUUGCAGCAUCUCCAGUGACAAGUUUGAAUAUCUUUUUAAUUUUGACAACACGUUUGAGAUCCAUGAUGACAUAGAAGUACUGAAGCGGAUGGGAAUGUCCUUUGGCCUGGAGUCAGGCAAAUGCUCUCUGGAGGAUCUGAAACUUGCUAAAUCACUGGUGCCAAAGGCUUUAGAAGGUUAUAUCACAGAUAUCUCCACAGGACCUUCUUGGUUAAAUCAGGGACUACUUUUGAACUCUACCCAGUCAGUUUCAAAUUUAGACCUGACCACCGGUGCCAACUUACCCCAGUCAAGCGUAAACCAAGGGUUAUGCUUGGAUGCUGAAGUGGCCUUAGCAACUGGGCAGCUCCUUGCCCCAAACAGUCACCAGUCCAGCAGUGCGGCCUCUCACUGCUCUGAGUCCCGAGGCGAGACCCCCUGUUCGUUCAACGAUGAAGACGAGGAAGAUGACGAGGAGGAUUCCUCCUCCCCAGAAUAAAGACAGGAGGAAGCCCACGUUUUAAUAUUGACGCUCAUGUGUGUUUUUAGUGUGAGCUCUUGUUUUUUAAAUGAUUGCUUCAGUCUUUGCCUUUGUUUGCACUGUGUGUUCAGUGAAAACUAGAGAAACACAAUAAGCAAAUUACAUGAAGGCUGAGAUGCUUGAGAUGAAAGUUAACAUAGCAUGAAUGAAAACUCUGAUCAACAGAGCCGUAGAUCACAUCGCAAACAAAGCAUGUUUUCUGAGGAGAGAGAGGGGGAAUAAUCCCUGAAGAACUGGCAGUGUGAAUGCAGCUCGUUUAUCUUCUGAGGUGGGAUCUUUGUAUUCCCCACACCUGCAUAAUCAUUCUUAGGAUUGAGAUUGCUGCAAGGAACAGUUCUUGACGAUCAUGUUUCUCUCCCUUGCCUGGGCUGUCUUUUACAAGGCAGAAAUGAACAUGAAAGUCUCCAGUAGGGAGACUUAUACAGUGAGGGUUAUAGAUGGCAAUCCUUGUGGCCCAAGGAGCACAGACUAAACUGCUGAACUAGUUGAAAGUCUAGUUGAGGUGCUUUACGCAUCAGCUGCCUUAGACAGCUUCUAGAAAGGAGCGAGCGCUAAUUCUUAAGUACUUAAGUGACAUUUAGAAUAAUUUAUAGUAAAACUGAAAUGAUUGUUAUUAGCCAAUGCAUUGGUGCAUAGAAUUUAUUAGGGCUACUUCUGGAAGCCAAAAUAGAAUCGCAUUUUCAUGUGCAUUAAAUACUUCGCCAGCACUGCCUUUUGCCCAGCAUUCUAAAUCUGGAGUUUUACAGAGAUGGACUUAUCUAUAGUUCUAAUCAAAGCUAUGCAUUUCAUACAGCUUUUUCUUUUAAAACAAACAAAAAAAUUCCUAUGACUGAGAUGCUUGCUUACAGUUCCCUGCAGUAAUUGUGUGAUUUUACCUUGUGUGCAAUUUGUGAAAAUGAACCGUAUGUCAUUACUUUUGUCUUAAAAGUCUAUUUCAAGAAUAUGAACAGCAAUGUUUUCUUGUACAUGUCAACUUUUUUCACAUUUGUAUUAAUCAAAAUGACCUUAUCGGUUUACCUUUAUUCCUGGUAAAUUACAUUUUAAACUAAACCGAUAUUCAGUGUUUCACAGAAACAUGGAAAAACAUUGAACACUCCAGUUGAUUGAAUAUGUAGUAGUGUGGUGUAUAGUAUGUUACUUCAUAGCCAAAGAUGCCGUUAGCACUGCUGCACUGCUGGUAUGUUCACAACUACUGCUCCUUUGAAUUGAGGAGUGUAGAGACAUCUGCCACCAUGGCCAAGCCCGGCUUAAUUUCUCAGUAAGGCCUUGAAAAGGAACAAAUAAUAAUGGGAGAAUUAACUCUAGAAUUUUGAGUUGAGUCGUAUGGAUUUGUCCCACAAUUGUGCAUCUAGCAUCUCUGCCCCCAGCACUAAGUUUGGCCCAAUGUUUUUUUCUAAAUCCCAUGAGAAAAGUGCAGCCUCAAUCCUGUGACACCUUUUUAAAGAUCUGCCAGCAUGCUUACAGUGAGCUGGGGACGAAAGCUUUGGCUGGCUUGAAAUUUUUAUUAAGGCCAUAAAAACUAAUAAACAAGAACAUACAACUUUAGCUUAAGCUCCUUUGAGACAAAACUUUCAUUUUGUCAGAAAUAAGCCAUAGUGCAGACUCAGAGUAUUCAAGAGGGCAGGUAGAGAGAGCAAAGCAUUUUUUAGAGAAUUCUGUCAUAGUUUGAGUUCUGGAGCCCACCUUUCAGACCGGUCACAUGGGAGCAGUCCUGAACACUUCAAAGGCUGCAACAGAUUCCCAUGGGCCCUGCAGGAGAUAUUUCUACCCGAAAACUGUCAGCUUCACAGGUCAGGUAAAACGGGAUGUCCUUCCAAACCAUCCUUCAAGGGGCUGCUGCUGCCUCUACUAACCCCAUUCUUUCUCAUCUCUGUACUUAAAGGAGACCUAGCAGCGACCUGGAAAGGCCAAAGGUAACAGCCACCUUUUUACUCUUCAAAAUAUUGAACUACAGGUACUAAGAUACAUUUCAAAAUUUAAGACAGGUACAUUAAUUAUUAUAACUAUUCCUCUACCAAAUAGCAAAAUCCUUGCUAGAGUUCUUGGGAAACCAUCUCCUUUCCUAUCUCUGCUGCUGUAGUGCUUUAAAUUGAUAAAAUAUGGAUUUUAUUUUUAAAAAAGGCAACCAAAGACUCUUAUCUUUAUUGGUGCCCUCCUUUGGCCAUCUCCACCAUAGGCGUGUGGCAUUUGCCUCCAUUCCUGAGUGAUGUGUUUGGGUUACUGCUGAGGACAUCUCACAGAGUGACGCUAGUCACCAGUACAUGCUGCUGGUGUAAAACCUUACCUGGAAAAAAACUAGGUUGAGAUGUUUAGAAAGAUAAAUUCUGUUAUUCUAUAUCUCCUCUUAACAUAUUUAUCUGGGUCUAAAAUUCAGCACUGAGUCACAAUUUCAUGUAGAAAUCAAAGUGAAAAUGUUAUGAAAUUGCGGUCACAACAGUCCCGGCUUCUCUGUAGGAGUAGCACAUGGGCUUACUUGCGUGUGCACACACACCCCACCCCUCUCAGAUGGUGCUGGUCAGAGUCUGCUUUUUGGGGAGUUCGAGAGGCCUUAUCUCCACUGAGGGUCAGUUUGGCUGUUACCCUUUCAAGAGUGUAGGGUCAUUCAGUCAGUUAAUUCUUGCUACAUUUAGCACAUGUGCAGGAAACACCAGGCCCUGUAUGUUUUACUCUUAGUGGUAAAAGCAAGGCUGCAGCAUACACAGCAGUGCUUCAGGCCCUCAGGUGCUCCCUAGGCUUUCCCCACUAUUGUCUUUCUCUCAUCCACCUACUCUUUUCAUGGGUUGAAAAGCAGUUUCAGUGAGUGUCUAUGUACGUUGUGCUUUAUGAUUGUGGAAGGCCUUGGGAGAAGCCAACAAAGGAGGGGCUAACACAGCAAUCUUCCACCUCUCAACAGCCCUAGAAAACCAUGGAUGUGGCCACAUGUCUUUGCAUCCUUCAAUUUAAGUCUUUAAAGAAGUGAUUGGGAGAAAAAUCUCUGUAAUUUCUGCCAUUUUACCAGGAAAAUUUACAGUUGUAACAGUACUCUGCCGUAUUUGAAAAAUAAUGCCAGGGUCAGUCCUCAAAAACAAAGUAGCCCCUGUCAGAUAAUUCAGGUGGAAGUAAUUACAAAGGAGGAGCUCAGUUUAGCCUUGCAGACAUCUGUAACUCGACUGUUUGCUAAACCACAACUCUGGCUACUUGGGUCAUAGAGACAGCAAAGUUGCUGCAAGUACAGAUGUGACUGUAGGCCCCUGAGACAUUGUGGGUGACGGGAGCACACGAUAGAGAGAGGCCUGUUUCACCUUGUUCAUGUCAAGGCCCUUGAACACCUGUCAGACAUCCUCCUACUCAAGUGGGCUGUCCUUACUUAGCAAAUCUGUGACAUAGACCUUAAAACUGUGUGGCCUUAGUGGUAAGUAUGGGUUAGGGGUUGGACAGUGAAUGUAAAGAUUUAACCAUUCAGUGAGUAUCCGAGUACUUACUAUGUGCCAAGAAUUGGGGACAGAGCAGGGACCAGGGACAGCCCUGCCCUUGGACAGCUCUCAUUCUCCUGGGGAAACAGGUGAUCACAAACAGAAAACAUUCAGAUUUAUUGCUAUGGAAAAAAAAAAGCAUAAUGAGACAGUGGGGGAAAGGCUGCUUUUGCUUGGGAUAGCUUGGGAAAACCCCUGUGAGAAAGUGACAUUUGUCCUGAGUCAGACAGUGGAAAGACAGAUGUCUCUGUACUUCUUAACAUGCUAUUCUGUCCCAUAACAUGCACUUGGAAUAUCUACUACUUUCCAAAGGGCCCACUGUUCCAAUUUUAAGUAUACAUUUUGGAGUCUUUUAAGGAACUUUUAAAUUAAAAAAUACCAAACUUAGCCACCUGCCGUAUCCAAAAACCAAGAGAAUAUUCUAACAAAUCCAUGAAGUUCUCAUUAUUAGCUUAAUUACUUUCCAUUGAACCCACACAGUAGAAAAGUGAUUAGAAAUGGAGGCCUUUUCUGCAUGUUUCCUAAGUUGUUGGGUACAUAAAGACCUACUUUUUGUACUGGAUAGACAAAAGAAAAUCUUUAUUCUGCCUGAGGGCUGGCUUUGGUGAAGCUGAAGACUAGACUACUUAAACCGUUUUCCCAAAUGGAUUCCCCAUAUCCAUGCACCCAAAGCAGUGAUCCCAAGAACUGAUGGCCAUUAAUAUGUAUUUUUCAAAGACCCACAAUGUGUGCUGGAAGCCUGCACCAUGCCGUUUGAAUGUCUCAGAAAUUUGCCUCCCUGCCCUCUAAUUCACAGUUAAUACUGUGUUCGAUUAAACUUCUACUCAAGCCAAAUGCUGUUACUCAAAAGGAAAAAGCCUGAUAUUUGCUUAAGAUUCUGCCUUUAAAAAAAAAAAAAAAAAAUCAGGCUAAAUGCCCACAUAAUUUAUAACAUCUCAGGAAAUAACUGCUUUACAUAACCAAAAUGUCCCUGAAAAGUUAUGCUUAGGUAAUCUCUGGAACCCAAUUUUCCUACGUACGUUUGUGUUCUACAGUCUGCUACAGAAGAAACAGUAGGGCCACUCCAGUUGUACACCCCGGGAGUCCCUUGACAGGUACAGUGACUCAUGGUAGCAGACAGCCACUCACCAUGGCGCCGAGAUGGGAGGAUGUAUAUUCAUCUAUUAUGUGUAUUCUGUGCAGCUGUAGACAAGGCAAAAUCUUGUAUAGCCUUUGCUUUACAUAAAAGGCCCGUAGAAUUCAGUGCUUUCUUGACCCCUUGCUAUUCUGGCGGCUUCGAGUUUGAUUCUCCCUGCUUAUAGAUGCAUUGGAAGCCCAUGUAACUGAAGUGUAGGGUCAGGACUCAUCCCUUUGGCACCAAGGGUAUCAGAAUGGGAGAGAGUAUCUCUUGCACCCACCCCACUCACUCAAAGAUGUGAAACAAGCCAAGAGCUUGACUUAACAUCCUUCAGCCUGUUGGUGGCAGAGUCUGCACCAAACCCAGGGCUGCUUCCUCCUGUGAGGGCUACAUUGCCUUCAUUCACUACACUCCUUCUACACGGCUUUUGGAUUAUUGUCAGUCCUCUGUGUCACCAAGUGCCAAACACCUGAGGAGCAGGAGUGAGGCUCCUCUCCCAAGCCCCAGUGUAAGGCUGUGGUGUCCGCUUUGGGCCUCUUGACUCAAGACUCCAGGUUUAGACAGUCACAGCUGCGAAGAAACGCAUCCCUCCACAAAGACUCAUUCACAUCAGUCAUUGGUAGGGAGCUUGAGGUUGAGUUACCGCCUGACCCUUUUGUGCCACACCAGCUUGUUUCUGUCCAUGUCUGUCUCACCAAGGAAACUUCCUGAGAUUGUGUUUGGAUCAUAAAACCAAUCACUGUCACGCUUCACUUCAGACAUCAUUUUUCACCGUGCCAGGCAGCUUAUAGCCAUGGCCUGAUAAUUUUGCUUGUUCAGACUGGGGUCAGAGAUUUUUUUCAUACUAAAAAGUCUCUGAUGACACAGCUACUUUUCUGCCAAAAGGCUUCUCUGGGCACACUGCAGUUCUCUUUCCCAGAGGUACCAUGACAGAGUCAGUCUUUCAGUAUCCUGAAAAAUGGAACCUCCACCUCACCUACUGCACUGGCUUCUUAGGAGGCCUGAGCUGUGGGGACCAUGCUUUAGUGCUGUGAGUUCCUCCACUUAUUUUGUUCACCACUCACCUCACUUGACUUUUGGACAAAAGAGGGGGGAAAAGCUGUAAGUCCAAGUCAUCAGUUUGUUCACUUUUCAUUUGAAGAUGCUGUGCUCUGAUCAUGUGCUGAUAUGCUUUGUUUCCAGAAAAUAGUUUGUUUGUUUGCAUGAAGGAUAGAUACAUCGUGGUGCCACAUGCUUUAAGCAAUUUAAACGAGAAGUUAGUGGAAAAUGAAAACACCACAUCUGACUGGCCUAAUGUAGACUUUCCUCUAUUAGAUUGAAGUACCUAACCGAAUAUAUUAUUUUGUAGUAUCAACUUUGUAAAUAAAUACUAUUAUUUUUAUAUGGAAAUUUUAUAGAAGAGCUAUUUCUGUAUACUUAAUUAUUCCUGGAUUUUCUGAAACUGUUUCCAGUAGAUAAUGGACAAGCCCUGAACAGUGUUCCACUAAGGGUGGUUCAAAGGACCACCUGCAGCAGAAUUGACUGGGGGAGUUUUAAAGUCGUGCAUUCCUAGAACCUGCUCCAGACACUAAGAAGCUCAGAGGGUGAGGCCUGGGAAGCUGUUUUUAAUAAACUCUGAGUGAUGUUUUUUGACCAUUAAAGUGUGAGAAUUUUUGUCCAUCCUAUAAGAACAAAAGGAAAAAAGAAAAAGCAUCUGAAAUUAGUAGUGCUUGAGGGAAAAAUGUAUCACUGUUUCAUGAUUUGAAU